UUUCUGAAAGUGUUCGAUUGCAAGCACAACACUAUAUUCAAAUGUGACCCAGACAUAAAUAUGUCCGAGUUAAUUCGUUCGUCAUAACCUCGGUUACCCCCAGUUCGAAUAUUUCUAUCACACGAGAUAAGAGAGAGUAACCUCUGAUAAAAUGAUUUCCAUUCCAAUAUAAAUACCGUCUCUCUAGAUACGGUACCGGUAAAUUAAUUGUGUCUUCUGAAUGCGCAUGUGCCUUGAAGACUUAUAAAAGGGUAAAGUUCUUGAGACUUAGUGCCACAUCGUCAUCAUGCUGUCCACUACUAACCUCGCUCUUGUCUUCGUUGCCGUCGUGGGUGUUUAUGCUGUACCCGGGCAAAAAAGAAACAUCAUAACAGACAGUAGCAGGCUAUGGUCAAACAAAAUAAUUCCUGUGGGAUUCGACUCUAGUGUUGAUGGCUCAAUGAAAGAGAAAGUUUUAGCCGCCAUGCAGGAGAUUGCUUUUUCAACACACGCCCAAGGACAGAGUUGUAUCCAAUUCGUACCUAGAACAAACGAAAAAGACUACGUAGUGUUUACCUCGGUAGUAUAUGGAUCAGGAGACAGUUUGCCUGGCCGUCUGGGCGGGGUUCAAUAUGUGCAUUUGUACCGUGAUGCAGCUAAAGCUGAUAUCAUGCAGCUCAUCAUGUACCUGUUAGGAUUCUUCAAUGAAUUCCGCCGACCUGAUAGAGACAGCCAGGUUGUUGUUCAUUAUGACAACAUUGCCCCAGAAUACCAAGGAUUUUUCGAAAUUACCAAUGAUACCACAUUCUUCAACUAUCCAUUCGACUUCGAAUCUAUCACUUUCUUUUUCCCAUACGCCUGGGCCAUUGAUCCUUCCAGACCAACAAUUACCCCUAAAUAUGACGCUGUCACUAUCCCAUACAAACUAUCUCUCAGCAAAUACGAUAUCCUUAACAUCCAGAGGGAAUACAAAUGUGGAAUUGAUAACGGAAACCAGAUUGACCUCUUGGAUGGAACUGUCUCUUAUUGUAACUUUGAGUUUGAUCUUUGCGAGUGGACUCAGUUGACCGAUGACGAUUUCGACUUCCAAAGAAGGAAGGGACCCUCUCCUCGUAGUAAUGUGACAGGACCAAUGGCCGAUUACAGCAGUGGCAAUGGUUUCUAUGUAUAUGCUGAUGCACAGGGCGAACAUAACGAAGAAGCACGAGUUAUUUCUCCUACUUUGAAAGCUGGCGAAUACUGUCUCCGAUUUUACUACUUCCUUUAUGGCCAAGAUAUCCACAAAUUCAGGGUUAACACGAGAGUUGGUGCAGUGGAUACCGUCCUUGAUUCCUUGGAAGGCAACCAGGGAGGCAGUUGGCACACGUACACACAAGCAAUUAGCAUGAACGUUGAUUUCCAGAUCUUCUUGGAGGCCAUCAUUGGAGGUACAGACAACGGCGACAUGGCUUUUGAUGACGUUUACAUCUUCCGUGGGCGUUGUAUAGCUUAAACUUUAUUACACUCAAUAGUGUUUUGGGAUUUCUAAAUAUUUGAAAUUACAUAGACUUCCUUAAAAUGAUCAAAGUAUCUACUUUUCACUAACUAUCAUAGAAUGCUUGAAUCUUUGUGUUAAGGUUUAUCUGCACUACUGUGAUAGUAUAGGGUUGUAAUACGUCAUUAUAUCGUGUACAUUUUCAUCAAAUACUAUUUUGUACAUACCUUUGUUUUAAUAAAUGAAAGUGAAAUAGAA